AACUUCGUAUAUUUGUCAAAGGAUGACAUGCUUUGCGUGUCCGUCAGCUUGCCAUGAACAACGAAGCUGGAGCACGAGGUCUGCCGGUGUGGGGCAAGCUCAAGGCCCCACCAUAGCUCGACCUGCGGAUGUGUGCAUCCCUCAUCGCACAAUGCCGUUGCAGCUUUGCCUUCCAAUCGAAGCUCUUUGCGCUCCCCAUUCUCUUUACCCGAGCGCGGCACCCGAGCUUGAACGUCAAGGCUGAAAUGCUCCACGGAUCAGACGAGCGUCCGAUUCAGGAUGCAAUUGCGGGGCUUUCAGUCUAGAGAAAGAGGGGCAGCUUUCGUCUGAACUCGAUUCCUCUUCUCUAACACUUCGAACUGCAAUUGAGAAUGUCGUCCAUCAAGAGAAGCCCACCUUUCCGCGCUGAGCACGUUGGCUCACUCCUUCGACCCCAGGAGCUUGUUCAGAAGCGAUACGAUGUUGCCUCCGGCAAGGCCCAGCCAGACGAGCUGGUGCCUCUGGAGAAGAAGGCGGUCGCAGAGGUCGUAAAGUUCCAGCAAGACUGUGGUCUCAAGGUCGUCUCUAGUGGAGAGUACACCAGGCACAUGUUCUGGGGCACUUUCUUCGAGACCCUGAAUGGUAUGAAAGAGCUUCAGCUAGGUGUUCUGAAGGGCUACGAUGCUGGCAUUUUCCGUCCCUAUGCACCUGAUGUCAAGUCCUUUAUGGAAGCAAAGGAGGUCCCCAACCACGUCACUGUCUGCGUUGGCAAGAUCAGCCACCCUGGAAAGUCGAGCAACCAGUACGAGGUCGACCUGAUGAAGAGCCUGCUCCCCGAGAGUGAGUGGAAGAACAUCAAGAUUACCUUGAUUUCUCCCAGCUGGUAUCACUUCCGCUACUUGAACGGACGUAGCUUCCCCGAGGAGGUGUAUGCGAGCGACGAGGAAUAUUUCGAGGACGUGGCGAAGGCAUACCAGGAGGAGCUGAAGAUUCUGCACUCGCAAGGCAUCAGGAACAUUCAGAUCGACGACCCCAACCUCGCGUACUUCUGCUCGAAGGACAUGUUGGAGGGCUGGGCUGCGGACAAUCAGAAUGAUAAGACGGCCGAUGAGAUGUUCGAUGCCUACGUCAAGUUCUACAACAAGUGUUUCGAACGCCCAUCCGACAUGCACCUCGGCAUUCAUCUUUGCAGAGGCAACUACGUGGGCAGCCGUCACUUCUCGGAAGGUGCCUACGAUAACAUCGCCAAGAAACUGUUCCAGGAUCUGAACGUUGACACAUACUACCUCGAAUACGACACCCCCCGUGCCGGAGGCUUCGAGCCUCUUGCGCACCUCCCCAAGAACAAGAAUGUCGUACUCGGUGUGAUUACAUCGAAGUUCCCCGAGCUCGAGAGCAAGGACGAGAUGAUCGCUCGCGUCAACCAGGCCGCUGACUGGAUUGCAAAGGGCACUGGUCAGUCUCGCGAGGAUGCUAUCCAGCAGUGCUGUGUCAGCCCACAGUGUGGGUUUGCAUCGCAUGCGGAGGGUAACUCGCUGGGUUACGAGGACAUGCGAAAGAAAUUGCAGCUUGUGAGGAGCAUUGCUGAUGCUGUAUGGCCAGGUCAGCCAUAAAAGGUAUACAAAAGAAAAUGUCAAGAAGUAGCAUGCGAGCUUAGCAAGACACAACAUGUUGACAGAGGCUGCCAGAUUUGGCUAUCAAGCAACUGCGAAGCUUUGUAGAUAUUCAGGAGAUCGCAUUCUAUGAGCUGCGUAUCAGUACGGUGCAACAGUCGCAUCAUGACUUCCAGCGUCCUGUAAAUACCUGUAUAGCUUUGUGCAAC